ACAACCGGAAGUUUACAAACAUUGACCUAGCAGGCUAACAUUUAGCUUGUUAAAUUUGUUUUGACCUGCCGUCUAAAAGCCCAGUUUAAGACGGGCUGAAAGAGGGAAAGAUGGUUUGUGAGAAGUGUGAGAAGAAGCUCGGAAAAGUCAUCACACCUGACACCUGGAAGGAUGGAGCACGAAAUACAACAGAGAGCGGUGGACGCAAGCUAAAUGAGAACAAGAUGCUGACUUCAAAGAAAGCCAGGUUUGACCCUUACAGCAAGACAGGCUUUGCUACCUGCAGGAUCUGCAAGAGCUCAGUUCAUCAGUCGGGGUCACAUUACUGCCAGGGUUGCGCCUACAAGAAGGGAAUCUGUGCAAUGUGUGGAAAGAAAGUUCUGGACACCAAGAACUACAAGCAGACGUCUGUGUGACAGUUUGCAGAUCAGAGAGAACAGUUGAAUGACAGAAGAACUGAUGUAAGGAUGGGAUUGAGGUGUAUAUUUGUCAUCUUGUCACAUUUUCCCACAGUGUCCUGUGAUAGACAGCUAUAACUCUUUACCGUUAGUCCUCACACCUCAGUGAAAGAAGAGAUCUGGAGAUGGCUUCAUCCUCUUAUUGUAAAAUAAUAUUCAACGCCACUGGAAUUAUUACCGUGGCCAUACACAGGCAAGCACUGUUAACUCCAAAUACUCCACCAAUAAUUACUCGUUUCUUAACCUGAAGCUUCUAGAUUUUGUGUUAAUUUUAAAUUCAUUACUUUGAUUUUUUGCUUUUUAAAAAAAAAAAAAAAAAAAAAUGUUUUUUGUGUGUAAUAUAUCAAGUGUUGCUUUUUUUUGAGUGAAUUAAAGCAUUCAAUAUGAGAACAUGAGGAACGGAUAUCAUUUUAGCCUCUUACGCACAACAUACCCACAAUUGUUCUGUAUGCCUGAAAUAAUUGGUUUACUCUGAUAUAAUUAUAUUUGGGACCUGCAUGUGGCACUGUCAGGUGUUGACCCCCAGUGCUGUCAGAGAUGAAGGUUAUAGUUCACAGUCUGUGUGACGAAAGGCUCCUCCCGUGAUAUUUAAAGGCCUUGCUCUCCCUCAGGCCUUCAGCCUCAU